UCGUUUAAUACCGUCUCGUUUACAUACUUCCAUUUCCACCUGUACCUGUCUAAUACAACCGCUCUCAUUGGUUCCAGCCUUCUCUGGCCCCGCACGCCAACCCCCUCUCUGAUUUGCUGAUGCCUCUAUUUACAUUCCCCGCAUUCCCCUCGCUUAUUCGGAAUCUUAGAUAGUGACAAACGGGUAUUCUUCCUCGACGUAUACAAUUCUCCCUGUCCUCUUCCAAACACCCCAGCUGUUACGCGUACGACGAACAAAUUCUCCCAUAUAUUCCUAUACCAUGAGCUGCCCUCUUAGUAGAGAAAAGAUCGAUGCCAUUUGCUCUGAAGCAGUUACUUCGUUGCUGAAGGAACCCGUCUAUGAACACGACACUAUCCUUAAAUUAAACAAGGAAGCUAUUCGCUUCGUUCUUUCUGCAUUGAACAAGGAUGCUUCCUCAUACAAAUGGAUCGUUAACAGCACUGUCGUUCAAAAGCUCCCUGCAGGCCAUCCUACUGCGGGUGUAACGGCUUCCCAGGCUGCAUCUUGGGAUUGCGAAAGAGAUGGCUUCUUGGUCGUCAAGAAAUCUAGUCCCGUUGUCGGAAUCACAUUGACUAUUACAUUUGUCUCUUUCUAGAUAUGUUGUUUUCAUCGAUGAUGGGCACAACUACCGGCAGGAGCUCAGCAAGCUGCUGAUGAUGAUGGUACUCUCACUAGUACCAAUUACCCAUUUGCUCAAGUUUAUCCCCAUCAGUUUAUACCGCUGGAAACCCACAAAAUGACGAAACAAUAGUAACUAUUGCAGGGACGCGAGCCACCAUUGACUGAAAUCUUCCACGGCUCUUCUGCUCCCGAACCUUACCGCCUCCUGCUCAACUUAGGCUGGUGCUUGCUUUUCUCAACAAAUUCGUAUCUUAUCUUAGCGAGUCUCGUUACUACACGUUAAAGUUACAAUGUUACCCGAGACACGGUAUAAUGUACAGGCAGCUUAAUGAGACAGC